GCCCAAAUUGUUGCUGUGAUAUUGGGUGAUGGAUGAUGACAUUCAAAAGAUCAUGACCACUUCUGCUCUCCCCUAUUUAUUUCAACUUGAAUAGCACACUGCAUAUUUUCUUCUCAUCAAACACACACAUAACUAGGAAUUGUGGCUACCCUUUUCUUUCUCCAUUCUCCUUCUGUUAAUUAUUAGUGGCAGGUGGCAGGAGUCAUGGCUGAGAGAUGGAUCAUAGUUAAUCCCAUGGUCGUCGUCUUUGUGUGGUUGCUUGCUGUGUUUUCUAGUGCUAUUUGUCACCAAGUAAAAGCAGCAGCAGCAGAGGAAGAAGAAGCUGAUAGGAUAAGCUCACUUCCCGGCCAACCUAAAGUCUCCUUUCAGCAGUUCUCUGGUUAUGUUACUGUUGAAGAAGUUGCUGGUAGAGCUCUCUUUUACUGGCUCACUGAGGCUGCUCUUGAUCCCUUGUCUAAACCCUUGGUUAUUUGGCUCAAUGGAGGUCCUGGUUGCUCAUCUAUAGCUUAUGGGGCAUCAGAAGAAAUAGGCCCAUUUAGAAUAAACAAGACUGCCUCAGGUUUAUAUCUUAACAAGUUCUCCUGGAAUACAGUGGCCAACCUCUUGUUCCUGGAAACUCCUGCUGGUGUUGGCUUCUCUUACAGCAACCGCUCCUCGGAUUUGCAAGACACCGGUGAUAUUCGCACAGCAAAGGACUCUUUGGAAUUCCUGGUUCGAUGGAUGAAUCGAUUCCCACGUUAUAAACUUCGUCAAGUGUAUAUUACUGGAGAGAGUUAUGCAGGGCAUUACGUUCCUCAGCUGGCCAGAGAAAUCAUGAUGUACAAUAAAAAGUCUAAGCAUCCAAUAAAUCUCAAAGGGAUUAUGGUGGGGAAUGCAGUAACAGACAACUACUACGACAACCUUGGAACAGUGACUUACUGGUGGAGUCAUGCAAUGAUCUCCGACAAGACAUAUAAGCAACUCAUUAACACAUGCGAUUUUCGCAGGCAAAAAGAAUCAGAUGAAUGUGAAUCAUUAUACAGUUAUGCUAUGGAUCAAGAAUUUGGCAACAUUGAUCAGUAUAACAUCUAUGCACCCCCUUGUAACAACUCUGAUGGCAGCACUUCUACUCUUCAAAGUAUUCGAUUGCCUCACCGUCCUCAUAAGAUUUUCAGGCAGUUAUCUGGGUAUGAUCCUUGUACUGAAAAAUAUGCUGAGAUUUAUUACAAUAGGCCUGAUGUUCAGGCAGCACUCCAUGCCAAUAUAACAAAAAUUCCUUACAAGUGGACUGCCUGCAGUGAAUUUCUGAAUCGAAACUGGAAUGAUACAGAAGCUUCCAUUCUCCCAAUUUACAGAGAAAUGAUUGCUGAAGGCCUGAGGGUUUGGGUAUUCAGUGGUGAUGUAGACUCAGUCGUGCCAGUUACUGCCACAAGAUACUCCCUUGCACAGCUUAAAUUAGCUACAAAAAUUCCAUGGUAUCCAUGGUACGUUAAGAAGCAGGUGGGAGGGUGGACAGAAGUAUAUGAAGGGCUAACAUUUGCAACAGUGAGAGGAGCUGGUCAUGAAGUGCCUCUUUUCAAGCCCAGAGCUGCCCUUCAGCUAUUCAAAUCAUUCUUGAAAGGAGAUCCUCUUCCCAAGUCUUGAAAGAGAGAAGAGAAGAAUUGAAUUAAUAAUCUCCAAAUUUAUUAACUUUUUCUGUUAAUUGUUAUUAAUAUUGUUGCUGUAGACAAAAGGGAUGUCUCAUUCUUAACCAUUAAAAAGAAUUGGUACCAAGAAAGAGGGAAAGAGAAAAGGCUUAAUUGUGUAUGAAAGAAAGCAAAAUUCUACAAGGUUUUGCUUGUAAUUAUGCACAAGUCUAAAUAUUAAUUUCAAUGAUUUGGUGGGGAAUAAUUAAAAGCCAAAUCAUAAGCUCUUCAUGCCUA